GAGAAGACUAUUGCGAGGAAGACAAUAAUAACAUGGACUAUUGGCGGGUUUGCUUUGAGAUCCCAUGUGGUUUUGGUGAGAGGACUUUGAUCAGCCUAUGAUUAAAUCUAUAACGUGUCCGACCGUAAAAUUUGUAGCCCCUGUGGACCACAGAGAAUCCUUGCCACCAUCACGUCCCUCCUCCCUCAACACUGAACCAGAGAGACAGAACUUCGUAGUUCCCAGUCCAACACAGCAACAUUGCUCACAAAACUACUCUUCUGCUGCAACACGCCCACCCAUUGAUCCAAACGGACGAAGAUCUGGAUACCCAUUUGGUCCAAACGGGACCUGAGCCGGAUCUUGGCAAUACCCAGAUGAGAGUUUUACCAAUAUGAAGAGGCUCAAGAAAAACCCGGAUGAUGAUGAUGAUUUAGCAAGGCAUCCGGAUUCGGAUAUCCACACUGUUCUGGUAGAUCCAGAUAGGAAAUUGGGGUCCAACCCGAUGAGGCUGAUGGGGAUCAUUGUGGUCUGUCUGAUGGUUGUUUCGGUUCUGUUUUCAGUGUCUGUGGUUCUCAGUGACCCACCUUCAGAUAGCAUUAGGGAACCUUCAGAAAAAAGGGUUCUUGAGGUGGAACCCAGUAAAGGUUCAGAAGAUGGUGUUUCUCAGUCUACUGAGGUGCCAAAGGAUAAAUUGCUUGGUGGCUUACUUUCUGCUGGAUUUGAUGAAGGAUCUUGUCUUAGCAGGUAUCAGUCAGUUAAAUAUCGCAAGGAGCCAUCACAGAAACCCUCCUCUUACCUCAUUUCCAGGUUGCGGAGAUAUGAAGCUCUCCAUAAACAAUGUGGACCGUAUACAGAAUCCUAUAACAAAACCUUGGAGCAACUGAAAUCUGGUCAUUACACAGGGCCCUCAGAAUGUAAUUAUGUGGUAUGGAUUUCCUUUAGUGGAUUAGGAAAUAGGAUAUUAUCCCUAGCUUCAUCGUUUCUUUAUGCUCUCCUCACAAACCGUGUUCUACUUGUUGACCCUGGAGUUGAUGUGGCUGAUCUUUUAUGCGAACCAUUUCCAGAAGUUUCCUGGUUCUUGCCCCCAGAUUUUCCACUUAAAAAUCAAUUCAACAACUUCAAUCAGGAAUCUCCUCAGUGUUACGGGAAAAUGCUGAAGAAUAUUACAAUUACAAAUUCCAAUAGAUUGGCGCCACCUUCUGUGUACCUCCAUCUGGUCCAUGAUUAUGACGAUCAUGAUAAGCUUUUCUUCUGUGAUGAAGAUCAAACUUUUCUGCAGAAAGUGCCUUGGUUGAUCGUGAAAACAGAUAACUACUUCAUCCCAUCUCUUUUCUUGAUCCCAUCUUUUGAGCAAGAAUUGAGUAAGCUCUUCCCAAAGAAGGAAACAGUUUUCCACUUCUUAGGCCGAUAUCUUUUCCACCCCACAGAUCAGGUUUGGGGACUUAUUACCAGAUACUAUGAAGCUUAUUUAGCUAAAGCAGAUGAAAGAAUAGGCAUCCAGAUCAGGGUCUUUGAUACAGGGACUGGUCCAUUUCAGCAUGUAUUAGAUCAGAUCCUAGCUUGUACCACGAAGGAGAAUCUGUUGCCAGAAAUCAACAGAGAGCAACAUUUUAUUGGUCCAUCUGGAAAUCAGAAGUCUAAAGCUGUGCUGAUGACUUCUUUGAGCUCCGGGUACUUUGAGAAGGUUAGAGACAUGUAUUGGGAAUAUCCAACUGUUACAGGCGAGGUGAUUGGCAUUUACCAGCCAAGCCAUGAAGAGUAUCAGCAAACAGAGAAGCAGAUGCACAACCUGAAGGCAUGGACAGAGAUGUAUUUACUGAGCCUGACUGAUGUGUUGGUCACGAGCUCAUGGUCGACUUUCGGGUAUGUGGCUCAGGGUCUUGGAGGGUUAAAGCCAUGGAUACUCUACAAGCCUGAGAAUCGGACCUCCCCCAACCCACCUUGUCGUCGAGCCAUGUCAAUGGAACCUUGCUUCCAUGCACCUCCGUUCUAUGACUGCAAGGCAAAGAUGGGGGUUGACACGGGUGCACUUGUUCCUCAUGUGAGGCAUUGCGAGGACAUGAGUUGGGGCCUUAAGCUUGUGGAUCAUUAGGAUGAACUGUAAUCAUGAGUUUGUGUUCUUGUAACUGUCACAAUGAUGUUGCAUUUUUCGGGGGUGCAAAAGAAAUAGUAACUAGUUUUGGUUAUGUACCGAUAUAUGUAUUAGGUGGGCAAUUAGGACCAGGAAUCCUAUAAGUGAGGAUUCCAGUUAUUAUCAUGUCCCCUCUCCUCUUUCGAGGGAGGUUUGUGACUUGUGAGGGAGAUUAUAAUCAUUUACAAUUAAAUUG